AGUACUACGAGCGCCACGUGUUCCUCUGCUACAAGAACCCUCAGGUCUGGCCACCCCGCAUCGAGGCUGCUGAGUUCGAUCGCUUGCCCAGGCUUCUCUCCGCCGCUCUCAUGGCUAGAAAGGGCGAUAUGAAAAAACAGUUUAUCUGCGGGUUUUCAUCAAACAUUUGAAUGGCAAGUAACAGAAACAAGUUUUUGCCAUACACAAACCUGUCAACGUCGUCGCAGAUCACUGUCUUAAAUGGCAAUGGUGACCUUAUCUGCAGUUCCCAGAUCGGAGAUGCCACUGGGUUCUUCCAGAACAGGGGGUUUCUUGGCGGUGGGGGUGGCAAUGAUGCUCCCAAGUUUGAGUUCCCCCAAUCAGGCUUCCCACAGAGCCCACCGGUUGAGAGCGUUGAGUACUAUGAGCGCCAUGUGUUCCUCUGCUACAAAGACCCUCCGAUCUGGCCUCCCCACAUUGAGGCUGUGGAAUUUGAUCGCUUGCCCAGGCUUCUCUCCGCUGCUUUCUUGGCUAGGAAGGGCAAGAUGGAAAAGCAGACACGCUUAACAAUAUGUGAGGGGCAUGAUGGAACUGAGACAUCCAAUGGUGAUGUCUUAAUCUUUCCUGACAUGAUCCGAUACAGGAGGUUGACGCACUUUGAUGUUGACACAUUUGUUGAGGAAGUGCUAGUGAAGGAGAGUGAGUGGCUGCCAGGAGCUCCAGAAGCACUAAGGGGUUGCUUCAUCUUUGUUUGUGCUCAUGCGUCCAGGGACCGGCGUUGUGGUGUUUGUGGACCUGCUGUGAUUACUAGAUUCAAAGAAGAGAUAGAAUUAAAUGGUCUUCAAGGCAAAGUGUCUGUUAGCCCAUGCUCGCAUAUUGGGGGGCAUAAGUAUGCUGGGAAUGUGAUAAUUUUUGGAUCAAAUUUUGGCAGACAAGUUACUGGGCAUUGGUAUGGAAAUGUUACCCCAGAUGAUGUUCCGCAUUUGCUUGAACAGCAUAUCAGUAAAGGAGAAAUUGUAGACUCACUUUGGAGGGGGCAGAUGGGGUUAUCAGAAGAAGACCAGAAGAGAUCCCAAGAAGCAAGGAUUCAACAAGAUGGCAAGCCCACAAGCACAAAAGCACCGGCACAAACAAAUGAUAUCAACAAUGCCAUACAUGGGUCUCAAGAUGAAGCUUUCUCCUGUUGCCAGAUGAAUGCAGACUCUUGUUGUCAGAAUUUUUCUGCACCAGAAAAGAUGGAUAAUCCAGAUCUCAACAAGAAGGAUGCAAAGUUGAUGCCCGAAAAGAAGCCCGACACCACAAAAAUGUCCCACAACAACAGUGGUAAAGGACCAUCUACUCGCAAAAUGUUUGCUAUGCCAACAUGGUUUGAGGACUGGGAACGCGAGGACACUUAUGCAGCUCUUUCUGUUGUUGUUGCUGCCUUGUCCGUGGCCUUUGCAUACAGAUGCUACAAACAGUUGAACUAGAUGGUUGAGCAUCCAUCUGAACUUUCUCCCUUGUUAACAGGAAGUAGACCAUCUCACAUCUCAAAAGGACUGGGGGGAAAGGCUGUGAGCCAUCAUAGAAGUUCAAAUUUCUGUUCACAUAAAUUUGUUGUCUUCAGUGCAUGCAUUAUGUCGUAAGUGUGGGUACUACAGUGUAUAUGAGUUUUGUGGUCUCCAAAAUUCUUAAAGUUUAUUGUGGACAUAUAUGUUGUAGGGUACAUUAUUAGAUUUUAUUAUAUUUGUUCGUGUGAAUGAAAGUUGUAUAUCAUUUGCCCAUCA